GGUAAGUUUUGAUGCGCGAGCCACCGUCAGCAUGGCAACAACUGCACCUGUUGCCAUCAGGUUGCUUUUGGUACUCCUCAACAUGGACGUACUUUUGACUGACAACUUCGUUCCUGAGCCGGAUGACAACUGCGCUUUAUGGAUUCAGCCCCCAGCUGGUGUACCUGAGGCCUUCCCGAUCGGGCUUGGUAGGAAGGCUGUGUGUGGAGUCAACAGCACCCAACCGACGACGUGUCCUGACGAGCGGACGUGUCAAGAGGAGUGCGUCAACCUCAGGGGCAUCCAACACUGUUGGUGUGACGAGGGCUGUGAUGACUACGGAGACUGCGGCCGCGACUCGCCCCGUAAUGUCUGCUAUCGAACCGGACCUCCCUUCCCGACCGGCCAUCCGGUCACCGGAGCCGGGGUUCCGCCGGCACGACGCGCUCGAGAAGAGUGUGUCCGGACUUGGAUCACCAAUGUGCUCGAAAGGGGAGGCGUCCCCGUAAGGGCCGAAUACGGAGGCCAUUGGCUCGAGGCCGGCUGUCCGCCAGGUUACAGAAACAAAGAGAUCGAGUCCAAGUGCAUCUCGGAACAGGGGACUCUGAUCGGCAACUUGACACUGAAUAACACCGACCACAUGAUCCAUUCUGUGCCGGUGACCGGCCGGUUGGACAAUGAGUGGAGGCAUUUCAAGAAUGUGUACUGCGCAUUCUGCCAAGGGGUCAAACUCCAGGACAUGCUGCCAUGGAAUCUGUCCAAAAUUCAUUGUACGGAACUUCAUCUCAUUUCACCUGGGCUGCCGCCUGUGCUUGUGGAUCAGGACUGCGUAAAGUUCGCCUACAGAUUCGACCCCUCGUGCCCUACCGAUGAUGCUGGCGCACCAUUCAAACAAGCGAGAGUCUGCAAGCCAGAUCUGGUCGAAGACUGUCCGGACGAGCUGGAAAUGAACGCCACGGAAGCAUGGGCUGCUGAUCUGUGUAAGAGCUACAUGGCAUUGAUUCAGUGUGACGUAAGGUGGUACAAAAACCCGCACUGUUGCGUAUGCCACGGUCACAAAACGUCGAAAUUCUGCUACAAGCCGAACACCAUCCCGGGAAGUGCUUCUACGCCGAUCUCCAUUCCGUUCGACUUUCUGCCACUCGCAGACGACGCCAUCGAUUCGGUUGCGCUGUACCUGGAAUGCCCACACGGGUUUAACUUCUCGUUCAAUGCACAAAAAUGCAUUCCAGCUGGUGAAGUGCGUGCCUUGUACUGUGACAAAGCCUUACCCGUGGUACAAGCCAAGGUCCUAGUUUCGGUAGAGAAAACUGCUUCAUCCGACAAUUCUUGGCUGCAAGUCUUUGUCUCGCUGUUUGAAGAAUCCAUGUUCCUUGACCGCUACCAGACUACGAUCGCAAACUUGGACUACAAACUCCAGACCAGCGAAGGUGAACAACCGGCGCCUAGGUCUCAACAAGGCUUCGAUGGCUUCCUAUGGGAGUUAUCUUUUGACACGUCCAACAUCAGCACAGUGUGGGAACAGUUUAACAACCUCAGUGAUGAAAUGACAGCGAUGGAAUUGGCCCUUGUUAACAACACCCCGUCAAUUGAGCUCCUCCAGAUGAAACUGACAGAGAUCUGUUCCGGGGAAGAUACCCUCGAUAGGUGCACGGAGCAGACCUUCGAUCCCAACGAAGUGACCCUUUACGUUUUCGGGGGCGUCAAGUAUAUUCACCACGACGACGAACUGGUGUUGUACCGGGCCGACAGCCUAAUUCUCCGCGUAGAGUACUCCUUGGAGAGUCGCUCUCCAAACGUCUGGGAAGUCUACCGAGAGCUCAUUAUUUGCAACGCCACAAAGGAUCUGCUGUGUCACUACAUCACACUGAGGCCGUCGGAGUACCGCAUCGAUGAAGAUGGUGCGAUGAGGUUCAACGUUGAAGGAAGGCAUUACGAGUCGACUGACUACUUGAUUCUCACCGACGACAGCGCCCAGGUCUGUAAGGAUAAUUUCCAAGACCUAUGGUUCGACUACUCUCUCCCUCAAUACAUCCUCAACGUGGUGGGCACCACGCUGUCUUCGCUAGCGCUCGUACUGACCUUCAUAACCUACUGCGCGUUCUCCAAUCUGCGCACAGUACCCGGCUGCGCGACCAUGCACUUCGUGGUGGCGCUCUUCGCCGGGGAGAUCUUGCUGUUGGUCGGGGGCUCGUCUGGGAUUCGUGAGUCACAUGGAGCCUGCACCUUUAUGGCUGUGAUCUGCCAUUAUAUCUGGAUGGCCUGCUUCUUCUGGAUGACAGCCCUAGGUUUUGACGUCAGCCGUACAUUCUCUAUGACAACGGGGCCGAGGUUGGUCGAGAAGAGCGGCCACGCCCUCCUGUGGAUGUGCGCCUUCGCCUGGGGCAUGCCGGCCGUCAUCAUCGCCGUCUGCCUCCCACUCCACUUUGUCUACUCCUCCACCUCCUCCCUGGGCGGCAUCGAAUUCAACUACGGCCUGGGCGGGGUCUGCUGGAUCCGCCCCGAGAUGGCUAACCUCCUAGCCUUCGGCCUGCCGGUGUUGGCGUCCUUGCUAAUCAAUGCUGCCCUCUUUGUCAAGACAAUCGUGGGGUUGCGAGAGUCCAAGAAAAUCACAAGUUUCAUCGAGAAGGAUAAAUCCGCAAUGCAGCGGGCGAGCGAUGAGUUCUUUAUCUACUUGAAGGUGUCUGUUCUUAUGGGACUGACCUGGAUCUGGUUCUUCAUUGCUGCUUUCACGAGGGAGACCGCUAUCUAUUACGUGGCCAUUAUUCUUAACGCCUUCCACGGCUGCUUCGUGUUCGUUGCCUUCGUCUGCAACCGGCGUGUCUGGGCCAUGUGGCGGCGGAAGAUUGGAGGGAAACGCGGUGCGGGUACCAGCAGCAGCAGCCGCAGCCGCAGCGGAACCAUCUCUACGGGGAAGGUCGGCGGCAGCCUGGGAACCAACAUGACCAAGUCCUCGUCCGUGGUGACAUCAGAGAGCCCGGUAUCUGGGAGCCCAGUGCCUGAACGAAUAGGACUGAAUGGAACGCAGUUGUAAGAGAGAGGGCUGAGACUGUUGAUUGUCGAGGAGCAAGCGACCAUUCAAAUUUGUUGGUUCAAUGAGCCAGAAAUUAGCUAGCGUUAUUUAAUUUGCAUGCUUGGCAUAAUGUCUGGGUUGAAUUUAUGUGUAAAGUAGUACAUUUCUAUUUAAAAAGAUGCAAGUUUGCCAAAUCAGCACAUGCAUGUAUUCAAAUAAUUAAAUAUUCCAUAUACAAAUAAUCUCUAAUAUAUAUGAAAACAGUAUUACUUGCUCCACGAUAUAAUUCAAAAUUUGCCUUAAAUUAUGUGACUAUUAGAUAUUUUAUGACUAUUUUCGUAGUGCCCUGUUGGUGACAUCAUUGAAGACUUCUUAAAUUCGAGUUUUUACAGAUAGGUAUAAUAAUUUUCCUGACCGAAUUCGUAAACGUAACAUUUGCAUACACCAUAUAUUCACUCAAAGUUAGCAAGAAAUAGAUUACCGGUCUAGAGCGCCAUUCAAAGAGCAACAAUGGCCAUUCAAUUCUACUUCAUGAGCAUGCAAUUGCCCAGUUUUGUUUUGAAGAGUAGGCACUCAGUUUGGAAAAAACAUGCACAGUAUGUACAAAUUCGUGCGGAUGAUCCGCGGUAAGAGUUUGGGCAAUCAAUUUCGUGAAAUACGCAAGGCAAGCAUAAUUGCGUGCACUAUGUUUUUCAAAAAAUGCUAAUCGUCUAUUUCGUCUUUUUUCUAUUUAAAUAACUAUGAAAAUAAAGAAUGACAUUUGAGUAAAAUGUGAAAAAAAGGAUGAGAAAAACUCUUAAUGA